AUUGUCAGUGUUGUAGAAGUGCACCAUUAUGUGUUAGAAUUUUGAGGCAGUAGCAGACAAUUUACUGGAUGUAACUUAACGUGAUUCCAUAGCUAUCAGCGGUUACGUGAGGUUAAUCUUCAUAGUUCCAAAACAUCUCUGGUAGAGCGGGCAUUUCGCGGGAAGUCGCUCUCAAACUUGCGCAGUAAUAACAAAUGCUGCACUGACCUCACAGUAUCACGUUUUUUUAUUUGGGCUUAUAAUAUUCUAAGACAACCAAGGACCACCAUGUUCUCCGAUCUGAGCACCCCGAGGGACGACUCCUCUCUUCUCUGCCGUCCGACCGAGGACCUGGCGCCCGUGUUUGAGAGAGCUUCCCCUGCCUACAGUCCCUGCUUCGAGCGCUUCGGAGUCGGGGAGCGGAGUUUCAGUCGCCAGUAUGCUCAUAUUUAUGCAGCGCGACUCAUGCAGAUGAGGCCUUUACUCACUGAAAAAGCCGAACAAAAGUGGGGAUCAGAUGUGCUUGUCCGGAAACUGUGUGAUCUUCAGGCAGGGGAACAGUGUUGCAUUGUGGGAACUCUGUUUAAGCGUAUGGACUUGCAGCCAUCCAUCCUAAAAGAGAUCAGUGAGGAGCAGCACAACCUGCUGCCGCAGCCUCCGCGAGUCAAAUACAUCAGUGACACUGAUGAGCUGAUUCUCGAAGAUGAGCUGCAGAGGAUUAAACUGGAGGGCAAAAUUAACAGAGAUCGGUGUGUCACAGGUAGCGUUAUUGCUGUAUAUGGAGCUGAGAGGAAUGAUGGGAAGUUCACAGUGGAGGACUUCUGUACAGCUGAUCUCCCUGCACAGAGUGUAAGACCUGCACUCGACUCUGACAGAUUUGUGCUGCUCGUCUCAGGUUUGGGUCUCGGUAGUAGUCAUGCAGACAGCAUGCUAGGCCUGCAGCUGCUGGUUGACAUGGUAACAGGUCAGCUCGGUGACCAGGGGGAGCAGAGUGGAGCGGCGACGAUAUCAAGGGUCUUGAUGGCGGGAAACCUCCUCAGUCAAAGCACACAGGACAAGGAUGGCUCAACGAAGGCCAAGUACCUGACCAAAAAGACUCAGGCAGGCAGCGUGGAGGCCAUUCGCUUGUUGGACGAGCUGCUGUUUCAGCUGGUGACCUCGGUCCCAGUGGAUGUGAUGCCUGGCCAGUAUGACCCCACCAACUACACACUGCCUCAGCAGCCUCUGCAUCGCUGUAUGUUUCCCUUGUCCUCUGUCUACCCCACACUGCAGCUGGCAUCUAACCCCUACCAGGCCACUGUAGACGGAGUGAAGUUCCUGGGCACCUCAGGUCAGAAUGUCAGUGACAUCGUGCGCUACAGCAGCAUGAACAGCCAUCUGGAGAUUCUGGAAGAAACACUGCGAUUGCGCCACCUCGCUCCGACAGCUCCAGAUACCCUUGGUUGUUACCCGUUUUACAUGAAAGAUCCGUUCAUCUUGGAAGAGUGCCCACAUGUGUACUUCAGCGGGAACGCUCCAACAUUUGAGUCAAAGCGCCUUACAGGUGCUGAUGGCCAAGAAAUCCUUUUGGUGACUGUGCCAACAUUCCACAGCACCCAAACUGCAUGUCUUGUCAACCUGCGCACUCUUGAAUGCGAGCCAAUCAGUUUCACUGCCUUUUCUGCGGGUGAUGACGAUGAGAGUGAGAUGAACAUCAGCCACUGAGAGGAGUGCUCUCGAUUAACCUCAUAUGUAUUGAGCGUGACAGUAUUGUAAGGUUUGCCUAAAUUAUAGCUGCAUUUUUUUUUCCACCUGAGAUGUACCAGCCAUCUUUAACCUUCAGUUACAAACCAUAAAAUGUAUUUUUUGUUGUUGUUUUUUUAUGGAGGACAACACUGUAAAUAAUUACAUCUUGAA